ACGUUUCAGAGUUUAUUGAUUUCAAACACAUUUUUUUUUGUCCCUUUUGUCAAUUUAAAAAUACAUUUACAAUGUGAGUUUUGAGUUAUGGAGGAUUUUGUCUCGAAGAUAACCUGCUGUAUGACAUUCCUGCGUCGAAAUACCUGCUGUGAGGAAAUGCGAAAAGCGUCUAUUGUAGCCAUGGAAACAGACACUCCAUAGUACUGAUGGCGUAGAUUGGUUAAAAAUGCAGCAGGUCUUUGUUUUGUCUUCUCUUAUUUGCUAAUGUGAGGAGUGUUUCAGGAAGAGAAACUAGGACUGUCGGCUAUCUUUAAGAAUUGGGAUGUUUUAAAAGGCAAACAUCGUAUAUGACAGGCCAGAUUAACUACCUGUUGCUCGUUUCUAUGUUGGAGGAAGGUUGAACCACAGGUGACUCAUGGAAACAAAUGCUGAAAAUGUCCAAUCCUGUUAAAAAAGUCAGACAAGGAGAAAAACAACCCCUGAAAUCCAGAGGAAGCCAGAGCAAGGAAUCUAAUGAUCUCAGGAGGCUUCAGUCCCUGCUUGCCAAAAGGAGCCCCAGACAAGAGGUGGCAGCGCUGAGUCACAGUAAAGCAGUACGCAGCAGUGGAGCCAGCAGAUCUCAAGGCCCGCAUUCUCCAAAAGACAACAACAGACUGAAGAGUGGGGGCGAAGUCAACAGUGAAGCUGCUGAGCUGGAGAAAUUCAGCAUCACAUACAGAGACCAAAGAUCCUUCAGCAGCCACGCUCUGCACACACUGUUCUCUGACAUCCUUACAUGUUUGGUCAAGAACCGACUCUGCAGUGAAUGGAUCGAUCAUGCACCACCUGAGUCUGUCCUAAGAGUCCUGAUAUGCCUGAGAUUACUCAUCAGAGAUCCCCAGCAUCAGAAAAUCCUCCAUCAGCUCCAAGGCAUCAAUUCACUCGCGAGGUACAUGGAGUCUGUUGCUGCCCUGUAUAUAUCAUGUGGGGAGCAGGCGUUCGCAGGGCAGAAGCUGGUCACAAUGACAUACAUGUUUCAGAAGCUGUCUGCUGCUGCUGCUGAGACUCAAAGAGUCUGUGUUAUCCAGAGCGGCGCUCACAGGACCCUGGUGAAGCUUCUCUCCACAACAGACAGCAGUGUGCUGCUGGGAGCCCUGCUGGCCCUCACCACUCUGGCAGAGAGCCCAGAGUGCAAGGAGGAGAUUGGUCAGCUACAGAUCGUGGAGAACCUGCUUGUAAUACUGCAAGAAUAUGACCUGCUGUCAAAGAGAAUGAGUGCAGAGCUGUUGAGGCUCUUGUCCCCGGUGAGACAGGUCAGGGACCAGGUGAGGGGGCUGGAGGGUCUGCCGGUGCUGCUGAGCCUGCUGCACAGUCAGCACCUGAAGCUGUUGUGGAGCGUGGCCUGGGUCCUGGUCCAGCUCUGCGAGGAUGCUGACACCAGAGCAGAGAUCAGGAGCUGGGGCGGGGUGCAGCAGCUGCUCCGUCUGCUCAGCAGCGACAGGCCGUAUGUCUCUGACCGUUCAUCCAUCGAGACGCUCUCCAGUGCUAAUGCAGCCGGCCGCAUCCAGAGAGAGCACAUCAGAGAGGAGCUCAGCCUGCAGGAGGAGGCAGACAACAUCAUGGCCCUACAGUCAGCCUGCUGCACAGUUUUGACUGAGCUUAGUCUGGAUGACACAUCUGCUCACCACAUUGUGCUGGAAAACGGGGUCUACAUCAUUGCAAAGCUUAUUUUGCAGCAAAACUCAGGACCAAAGCUCACAUCUCUACAGUGCUAUGUGUUUCGGACCCUCAGGUUUCUCUUCAGCGUGGAAAGAAACAGACAUUUAUUUAAGAGACUCUUUCCCACAGACCUCUUUGAGAUGUUUAUUGAUGUUGGACAUUAUGUUCGAGACCUUGCGGUCUAUGAGGGACUGCAAACCAAAGUUUCACUCUACACUCAAGAGGAGCUGGACAGUCUCAGAGAGAGCAUUGACACUGUGGACCAGAACCGCCCUCCCCUUAAGGUCAUCAAUGGUUACUCCAUACUGGACCACCUGGGUACCGGGGCCUUUGGGAGUGUCUUUAAGGUCCGAAAGCAGAGUGGUCAGAACCUGCUGGCUCUGAAGGAGGUGAACCUUCAUAACCCGGUGUUUGGCAACGACAAGAAGUCCAGAGACAGCAACGUGGAGAAAAUCAUCUCUGAGCUUUCAAUCAUCAAAGAACAGAUGUCACAUCCGAAUGUUGUUAAAUAUUACAAGACAUUCUUGGAAGGUGAGAGGCUGUACAUCGUGAUGGAGCUGAUCGAGGGCGUGCCGCUGGCUGAACACUUCAACUCGCUGAGGGAGAAGCAGCAGGAGUUCACAGAGGACAGAAUCUGGAAUGUCUUCAUACAGAUGUGUCUUGCAUUGAGGUACCUUCACAAGGAAAAGAGGAUAGUCCACAGAGACCUCACGCCAAACAACAUCAUGCUUGGAGAAAAGGACAAAGUCACCAUCACUGACUUUGGCCUGGCAAAGCAGAAACAGGAGAACAGCAAGCUAACGUCAGUGGUCGGCACCAUCCUUUACUCCUGCCCAGAGGUUGUGAAGAGCGAGCCGUACGGAGAGAAAGCCGACGUCUGGGCUUUGGGCUGUAUCCUCUACCAGAUGGCAGCUUUACAGCCUCCUUUCUACAGCAGCAACAUGCUGUCGCUGGCCAGCAAGAUCGUCGAGGCUGACUAUGAGCCAAUCAAAGACGGGGCAUUCUCAGAGAGACUCACAGAGAUGAUCAGAUGGUGUUUGAGUCCAGAUGCAGACCAGCGCCCGGACAUCGUGGACGUCAGCUCCAGGAUCUCUGACCUCAUGAUGAGGCUGAUGGAUGGACUCUUCACUUCCCAGAAUGCACUGGAGAGGAGAGCAGAGAGAGACAGGAAACGAGCGCAGAAGUACUUUGUGGAAAGGCAACGAAGCAGAACGGACUGCUGUCACUCAGACCUGUGUCAGGAGCAAGCCUUGAUGAACGAAACCCCGACUCCACGCUUUUCUGCAGCCUGCACUUUGAACCACAGCGAGCUGAAAAUCAAACACGAUGAUGCUUUGGAUGGUGAAGUUGAAUCAUGUGAUGCCCUCACAGGGAAACACCACGGAUUAAAGUCCAGGGCCUGUAUUACACCUGACCAAACUGCAUCCAGCGAGGAUCACACCACUGCACAGAUCAAACCCAGACCAGUGUCAGCAGGGAUCUGCGUCUCUCAGAAGAAGCUCCGGCAGAUUGAUGACCCCAUUCAGAGACUCCUCGUGCAGCUGCACAAAAUCAUCUUCAUCACUCAGCUUCCUCCAUCCCCAUACCACAACAUCAAACGACGUCUCAUCGAACGGUUUAAAAAGUCUCUGUUCCACAGCGGGAGCGAUCCGUACAACCUGAAGGGGGAGCUCAGCAAGCUCCUCCAGGCCUCUCCAGACCUGAUGGAGUUUGGCUCCACCACUUCAGAUUGGUGGCCUCUGGUCCAACACUUCAGUGAAAACCCCAACACUGCUGACCACACAGGUGAUGGGAAUCUCAAAGAUGGAGUCACCUAUCAGCAGAUGCAGGCGAUCAUUGAGGAGCUGCUGGAGGAAAACAGCUACUACGAGGCAUCAAACUCCAGAGAGAAGAGAUGAUCAAGGAAUGUGGUGACGACUUUCAAUAUUCAUCCUCAGAUGUCACAGCAGCAGCUGGAAAAUCAGAAAUUUAUUGCAGUGUGGAAAGAUUUUCAUCCACCUGCUUCCACAAAGAAAAAGGAAAACUCAUGUCUUCUUGACAUGUAACUACAAUUUGGGAUGCAUUGAUGUAUUGGUUGUGCAUUAAUGGCUGAUUCUUUACCUGUUAAAAGGCAUCAGGCCAUCAGAACAUGGAGUGAGAUGGACCGAUGCCAUUAGCCGAUGUGUAACUGCUGUGUUGCAUUACUUUCAUGCUUUAAACCAAACGGAAGAUUCAGAGAAGAGGGUUUUUAUUUACCUGUGGGGCAAACCCAGUUUUUUUUUGGGUCAAACCUUUAAGGAAAUGGUGGCAGUCGUCUCUGAGAGAGAUCUGAGACAUACUGUUUGUAAGACAUGUUCCAGUAAUAAUUCAAGAGGAGGGGCUACUUGCAGCAACUCAAUACUUAGCUUGUUAUGUUGUUAUAUACUAGCUUGAACAUUAAAAUCGAAGCUGACAUGUUAAAGCCACCACACCACACAUUUCUCAGGCAAUCAUCAACAUUGUUUUGGUGAUAACGCCUAACAUCAGAUAUAAAUGGCCGUCUUGAUCAAACAGCAGUGUAAAUUCCAAAGAAUUGUUCCUCUGUAAACCUCUGAAGAUUAUUUAAUGUGCGUACACUGUCUUUAGAUGUUUGUUUGUAAUGAAGCUUGAUUUGAGUUCUUUCUGUCUGAUCAGUCCACGAUAAGCUCCUCGUAUAAAAGUAACCAAACCUCAGACUAGUUUGUCUGCAGGUCCAGCUCCAGAUACUCUGUUUGUCUGACUCUAGCUCUUUAAAUCCUCAGGACCAGACUCAGCUGUUUGUGUGUUUAAACUCCUCUCUGCAGGACUGCACAUCGCAGCGUGUGUUGAAUGGAUGCAAGCCAAACUUCCUCACUUUCAAAGAGCUGCAGCUUUGUGCAGACUUAAAGAAUAAAAGCGGGUCAAAUGUUUUGAUUUUUACCACCUUUUGCUGAACUUGAACUAAAUCCACAUGCACUUUGAGUUACUCUCCUCAUUUUCACUUUAAGCAACCUGUGAAGAAUGUUUUUUGCAUUUUAUCCUGUGUGUUCUUUCACUGUCAUUUUGAAAUGUGGAGGGCAGCAGAGGGGACACUUUCUCAUGCACUUUGAUCCAAAAGGGAUUCAUCUGUUUAAUCUGACGGUUUCAAAUGAUGUACUAAAUAAACAAUAUUUAAUGCAGA